CGCGGAAGUUCAUAACAUCGGUCUUCUUCUUAGUGCGCUUGCUCAGAACUGAGCGGAGGGCUUUUCCUGUUGGGCUUGCUUUGGUGAAGAGAUGGUAUGAGAUCUUUCUGAACUUGUUCCAGAGAAUAACAUCGAUCCCAGACCUGUAAAUACGGUACCCCUCUCAGCUGAACCAUGGCCUUCGUGCCCACACCCAGCCCCACAGUUGUGGACCAGACCACACUGAUGAAGAAGUACCUGCAGUUUGUGGCAGCGCUCACAGACAACAACACACCUGAUGAAACCAAGUUGAAGAUGAUGCAAGAAGUCAGUGAAAAUUUUGAAAAUGUAACAUCUUCGCCACAGUAUUCCACCUUUCUGGAACACAUCAUUCCUCGUUUCCUCACCUUCUUGCAGGAUGGAGAGGUUCAGUUUCUGCAGGAAAAACCAGCUCAGGUACAACUGAGAAAGCUGGUCCUAGAAAUCAUUCAUCGAAUUCCAACUAAUGAACAUCUCCGACCACACACCAAAAACAUUCUGUCUGUGAUGUUCCGCUUUUUAGAGAUCGAGAGUGAGGAGAAUGUUCUUAUCUGCCUGAGGGUCAUCAUUGAACUGCACAAACAGUUCAGGCCACAGAUCACACAGGAGAUUCAUCACUUUUUAGACUUUGUGAAGCAGAUCUACAAGGAGUUGCCCAAAGUGGUGACCCGGUACUUUGAGAACCCGCAGGUUGUCCCUGACAACACGGUGCCGUCACCGGAGAUGGUGGGCAUGAUCACGUCCGUCGUGGUGAAGACGAAUCCUGAGCGGGAGGACAGCGAGACCCGCACGGUGAGUCACACAAUCAUUCCCAGAGGUUCCCUCUCACUGAAGGUUCUGGCUGAGCUGCCCAUCAUCGUGGUGCUUAUGUACCAGCUGUACAAACUUAACAUUCACAACGUGGUUGCAGAGUUCGUGCCUUUGAUCAUGAACACCAUCAUGCUUCAAGUAUCUCCUCAGGCAAGGCAACAUAAGCUGUACAACAAAGAACUCUAUGCAGACUUCAUUGCAGCUCAGAUCAAAACCCUUUCCUUCUUGGCUUAUAUUAUCAGAAUAUAUCAGGACUUGGUGGCCAAGUACUCCCAGCAGAUGGUGAAGGGGAUGCUGCAGCUGCUGUCAAACUGCCCCUCGGAGACGGCACACCUGCGCAAGGAGCUCCUGAUCGCAGCCAAGCACAUCCUCACCACUGACCUGCGCAGCCAAUUCAUUCCAUGCAUGGAUAAGCUGUUUGAUGAGUCCAUACUAAUUGGCUCUGGCUACACGGCUCGUGAGACACUGAGACCCCUGGCCUACAGCACCCUGGCUGACCUGGUGCACCACGUGCGUCAGAACUUGCCCCUGAACGACCUCUCCCUGGCAGUGCAGCUCUUUGCCAAGAACAUCGAUGACGAGUCCCUGCCCAGCAGCAUCCAGACCAUGUCCUGCAAGCUGCUGCUCAACCUGGUGGACUGCAUCCGCUCCAAGAGUGAGCAGGAGAACGGCAACGGCCGGGACAUCCUCAUGAGGAUGCUGGAGGUGUUUGUGCUCAAGUUUCACACCAUUGCACGUUACCAGCUGGUCACCAUCUUUAAGAAGUGCAAGCCGCAGUCCGAGUUGGGUGUGGUGGAUGCUGCAGCCCUGCCUGGGGUACCUCCCACCCCCACUGCUCCUGCCCCUCUGCCUUUGCCCCCACCUGCACCCCCCACACCAGUCACCCCAGCUCCCCCCACCUCCUCCUUCGACAAGCAGGGGGACAAGGAGGACAAGCAGACCUUCCAGGUGUCAGACUGCCGUAGCCUAGUCAAGACCCUGGUGUGCGGAGUCAAGACCAUCACAUGGGGCAUCACCUCCUGCAAAGCCCCUGGAGAAGCUCAGUUUAUCCCUAACAAACAGCUGCAGCCUAAAGAAACUCAGAUCUACAUCAAGCUUGUCAAAUACGCCAUGCAGGCUUUGGAUAUUUAUCAGGUGCAGAUUGCUGGGAACGGGCAGACCUACAUCCGCGUAGCAAACUGCCAGACGGUGCGGAUGAAGGAGGAGAAGGAGGUCCUGGAGCACUUCGCUGGGGUCUUCACCAUGAUGAACCCCCUCACCUUCAAGGAGAUCUUCCAGACUACUGUGCCCUACAUGGUUGACAGGAUCUCCAAGAACUAUGCACUACAGAUUGUUGCAAACUCAUUCCUGGCGAACCCGUCCACCUCUGCUCUGUUUGCCACGAUCCUGGUGGAGUACCUGCUGGAGAGGCUGCCUGAGAUGGGCUCCAACGUGGAACUCUCCAACCUCUACCUCAAGCUCUUCAAGCUGGUCUUCGGCUCCGUCUCCCUCUUCGCUGCAGAGAAUGAGCAAAUGCUCAAGCCUCAUUUGCACAAGAUUGUGAACAGCUCGAUGGAGCUGGCCCAGUCUGCCAAGGAGCCCUACAACUACUUCCUGCUGCUCAGGGCUCUCUUCAGGUCCAUUGGAGGCGGGAGCCAUGACCUGCUGUACCAGGAAUUCCUGCCCCUUCUGCCAAACUUGCUGCAAGGCCUGAACAUGCUGCAGAGUGGCCUGCACAAGCAGCACAUGAAGGACCUGUUUGUGGAGCUGUGCCUGACGGUCCCAGUUCGCCUCAGCUCCCUGCUGCCCUACCUACCCAUGCUGAUGGACCCACUGGUGUCGGCCCUCAACGGCUCUCAGACGCUGGUGAGCCAGGGCCUUCGCACCCUGGAGCUGUGCGUGGACAACCUGCAGCCGGACUUCCUCUACGACCACAUCCAGCCCGUCCGUGCCGAGCUCAUGCAGGCCCUGUGGCGCACUCUCCGGAACCCGGCAGACACCAUCUCCCAUGUGGCGUACCGCGUGCUGGGCAAGUUCGGCGGCAGCAACCGCAAGAUGCUGAAGGAGUCUCAAAAGCUACAGUUCGUGGUGACAGAGGUGCCGGGCCCCAGCAUAACCACUGAGUUCUCAGACUGCAAGGCCUCCAUUCAGCUCCCCAUGGAGAAGGCUAUUGAAACCGCUCUGGACUGUCUGAAGAGUGCCAACACAGAGCCGUAUUACCGCAGACAGGCCUGGGAGGUCAUCAAGUGCUUCCUGGUGGCCAUGAUGAGCCUGGAUGACAACAAGCAUGCCCUCUACCAGCUGCUGGCUCACCCCAAUUUCACAGAGAAGUGGAUCCCCAGUGUUAUCAUUUCACAUCGGUAUAAAGCCCAGGACACACCUGCCCGCAAGACGUUCGAGCAGGCCUUGACGGGAGCCUUUAUGUCGGCCGUCAUUAAAGACCUGCGGCCCAGCGCCCUGCCCUUCGUGGCCAGCCUCAUCCGCCACUACACUAUGGUGGCUGUAGCUCAGCAGUGUGGCCCCUUCCUGCUGCAGUGCUACCAGCUCGGCAGCCAGCCCAGCACAGCCAUGUUCCACAGCGAGGAGAACGGCUCCAAGGGCAUGGACCCCCUGGUCCUUAUUGAUGCCAUCGCCAUCUGCAUGGCAUACGAGGAGAAGGAGCUGUGCAAGAUUGGAGAGGUGGCGCUGGCAGUCAUCUUUGACGUGGCCAGCAUCAUCCUGGGCUCCAAGGAGAGGGCCUGCCAGUUGCCUCUGUUCUCCUACAUCGUGGAGCGUCUGUGUGCCUGUUGUUAUGAGCAGGCCUGGUAUGCCAAGCUGGGUGGCGUGGUGUCCAUCAAGUUUCUGAUGGAGCGGCUGCCCCUGAUCUGGGUCCUCCAGAACCAGCAGACCUUCCUCAAGGCGUUGCUGUUUGUCAUGAUGGACCUCACAGGAGAGCCACUUAGUCCUUCAGGUCUCCCCUUUGCUGAGCUGUGCUCCCUGCAGGUGUCGAACGGGGCGGUGGCCAUGGCGAAGACCACUCUGGAGCAGCUCCUGGUGCGCUGUGCUACGCCGCUUAAGGACGAGGAGAAAACGGAGGAGCUGCUGGCCGCGCAGGAGAAGUCUUUCCACCAUGUCACCCACGACCUCGUGCGUGAGGUCACCUCUCCCAACUCCACUGUCCGCAAGCAGGCCAUGCACUCCCUGCAGGUCCUCGCGCAGGUCACGAGCAAGAGCGUCACGGUCAUCAUGGAGCCCCACAAAGAGGUGUUGCAGGACAUGGUUCCCCCAAAGAAGCACCUUCUCCGUCACCAGCCAGCCAACGCCCAGAUCGGGCUGAUGGAGGGCAACACCUUCUGCACAACGCUACAGCCCCGGCUCUUCACCAUGGACCUCAACGUGGUGGAACACAAGGUCUUUUACACUGAGCUACUGAACCUGUGUGAAGCGGAGGAUACUGCUCUGGUGAAGUUGCCAUGCUAUAAGAGUCUGCCGUCCCUAGUGCCUCUGCGCAUCGCUGCGCUGAAUGCUCUGGCCGCCUGUAAUUAUCUGCCUCAGUCCAGAGAGAAAAUCAUUGCAGCUCUCUUCAAGGCCCUUAACUCCACCAAUAAUGAACUGCAGGAGGCAGGGGAAGCCUGCAUGAGAAAGUUUCUGGAAGGGGCAACGAUCGAGGUGGAUCAGAUCCACACCCACAUGCGCCCCCUGCUGAUGAUGCUGGGCGAUUACCGCAGCCUGACACUCAAUGUUGUAAACCGCCUCACCUCCGUCACACGGCUCUUCCCCAACUCCUUCAACGACAAGUUCUGCGACCAAAUGAUGCAACACCUGCGGAAAUGGAUGGAAGUGGUGGUGAUCAAUCACAAAGGAGGACAGCGAAGCGAUGGAAAUCCUGCUGUAGAAGGUGGUGUGGAGGAAAUGAAAAUUUGCUCGGCGAUUAUUAAUCUGUUCCACUUGAUACCGGCGGCCCCACAGACACUGGUCAAACCGUUGCUGGAGGUGGUGAUGAAAACGGAGAGAGCCAUGCUAAUAGAGGCUGGAAGCCCGUUCAGGGAGCCCCUGAUUAAGUUCCUGACGCGUCACCCGUCACAGACAGUGGAGCUGUUCAUGAUGGAAGCCACCCUGAAUGACCCUCAGUGGAGCAGGAUGUUCAUGAGCUUUCUGAAGCACAAAGAUGCCAAGCCCCUGCGGGAUGUCCUGGCCUCAAACCCCAAUCGCUUUGUGACCCUGCUGCUCCCGGCCGGUCCUCAGGCAGCGGCACGGCCCGGCUCCCCUUCUACCAGCACAAGCACCAUGCGGCUCGACCUGCAGUUCCAGGCAAUCAAGAUCAUCAGCAUUAUUGUGAAGAACGAUGAGGGUUGGCUGGCAGGGCAGCAUUCUCUGGUCGGUCAGCUGAGGCGUGUCUGGGUGAGCGAGGCCUUCCAAGAGCGCCACCGCAAAGACAACAUGGCUGCCACCAACUGGAAGGAGCCCAAGCUACUUGCUUAUUGCCUGCUCAGCUACUGCAAGCGCAACUAUGGAGAGACUGAGCUGCUGUUCCAGCUGCUGCAAGCUUUCACGGGCCGCUUCUUGUGCAACAUGACCUUCCUGAAGGAGUACAUGGAAGAGGAGAUCCCCAAGAACUACGGCAUCGUCCACAAGAGAGCGCUGUUCUUCCGCUUCGUCGAGAUCAAUGACCCAAACUUCGGUGAUGAGCUGAAAGCCAAGGUACUACAGCACAUCCUGAACCCAGCCUUCCUGCACAGCUUCGAGAAGGGGGAGGGGGAGCAGCUUCUGGGGCCUCCCAAUCCAGAGGGGGACAAUCCUGAGAGCAUCACCAGCGUCUUCAUCACCAAGGUGCUGGACCCGGAGAAGCAGAAUGACCUGCUGGACUCGCUGCGGAUCUACCUGCUCCAGUUUGCCACGCUGCUGGUGGAGCAUGCCCCCCACCACAUCCACGACAACAACAAGAGCCGCAACAGCAAGCUGCGCCGCCUCAUGACCUUCGCCUGGCCCUGCCUGCUGUCCAAGGCCUGCGUGGACCCAGCCUGCAAGUACAGCGGCCACCUGCUGCUGGCACACAUCAUCGCCAAGUUCGCCAUCCACAAAAAGAUCGUCCUGCAGGUCUUCCACAGCCUGCUGAAGGCUCACACCAUGGAGGCCAGAGCCAUCGUCAGACAGGCCAUGGCUAUCCUCACCCCGGCCGUUCCUGCCCGCAUGGAGGACGGUCACCAGAUGCUGACCCACUGGACACGCAAGAUCAUCGUGGAGGAGGGCCACACGGUCCCUCAGCUGGUCCAUAUACUACACCUCAUAGUGCAGCACUUCAGGGUUUACUAUCCCGUGAGGCACCAUUUGGUGCAGCACAUGGUCAGCGCCAUGCAGAGACUGGGGUUCACUCCCAGCGUCACCAUCGAGCAGAGGAAGCUAGCCGUGGACCUGGCGGAGGUGGUCAUUAAGUGGGAGCUGCAGCGAAUCAAGGAGCAGCUGCCCGAGUUGGAGGGUGAUCUUGGCGGCAGCGGGGAGGGAACGAGUGCCGCUACCGGGGCGAUGAAGAGGGGGCUUUCCAUCGACUCUGGACAGGAUGUGAAGCGAUUCCGCACUGCUACAGGAGCCGUGAGCACAGUUUUUGCGCGCAGUCAGUCGGUGCCUGGUGCUGACGCCCUGCUCACCAAGCCAGUAGAGAAGCAGCAUACUGACACGGUGGUCAGUUUCCUCAUCAGGAUAGCUUGCCAGGUAAAUGACAGCGCCAACACGGCAGGCUCCCCCGGAGAGCUGCUGUCUCGCCGCUGCGUCGCCCUCAUGAAGACCGCCCUGCGCCCCGACAUGUGGCCCAAGUCAGAGCUCAAGCUGCAGUGGUUCGACAAGCUGCUCAUGACGGUGGAACAACCGAACCAGGCAAACUUUGCAAACAUCUGCACGGGUCUGGAGGUGCUGAGCUUCCUGCUCACAGUGCUGCAGUCCCCUGCCAUCCUGUCGCAUUUCAAACCACUGCAGCGUGGGAUCGCAGCCUGCAUGACCUGCGGCAACACCAAGGUGCUGAGAGCUGUGCACACCCUGCUGACACGCCUGAUGAGCAUCUUCCCCACUGAGCCCAGUGAGUGCACUUCGAACGUCGCCUCUAAAUAUGAAGAGCUGGAGUGCCUCUAUGCUGCAGUUGGGAAGGUUAUAUAUGAAGGUCUCACGAACUAUGAGAAAGCCACUACUGCUAAUUCUACUCAGCUGUUUGGUACCUUGAUGAUACUGAAGUCUGCCUGCAGCAACAACCCCAGCUACAUCGAUCGCCUCAUCUCUGUGUUCAUGCGCUCGCUGCAGAAGAUGGUGCGGGACCACCUGAACCCACAGGCCACUCCUGGAGCGGUCGAGCCCAGCGCAGUGACCAGCGAGCUGGUGAUGCUGAGUCUGGACCUGGUGAAGACGAGGCUGGCCGUCAUGAGCAUGGAGAUGAGGAAGAACUUCGUUCAGGUCAUCCUCACCUCGCUCAUCGAGAAGUCGCCCGAUGCCAAAAUCCUGAGGGCUGUGGUGAAGAUCGUGGAGGAGUGGGUCAAGAACAACUCCCCCAUGGCUGUCAACCAGAUGCCAAAUCUAAGGGAGAAGUCCAUUCUGCUGGUGAAAAUGAUGACCUACAUUGAAAAGCGCUUUCCAGAAGACCUUGAAUUAAAUGCCCAGUUCUUAGACCUCGUUAACUAUGUCUACAGGGAUGAGAACCUGUCUGGCAGUGAUAUCACCUCCAAGCUGGAGCCUGCCUUCCUGUCCGGGCUGCGCUGCUCCCAACCCCUCAUCCGGGCCAAGUUCUUUGACGUCUUCGACGGCUCUAUCAAGCAGCGGGUCUACGAGAGGCUUCUCUACGUUACCUGUUCCCAGAACUGGGAGGCCAUGGGCAACCAUUUCUGGAUAAAACAAUGCAUUGAGCUGCUCCUUGCUGUGUGUGAGCGUGGCACCACCAUUGGGACGAACUGUCAGGGGGCCAUGCUGCCGUCAAUCACUAAUGUCAUCAACCUGGCUGACAGUCACGACCGAGCCGCCUUCGCCAUGGUAACGCACGUCAAACAGGAGCCGCGGGAGAGGGAGAACAGCGAGACCAAGGAGGAGGAUGUGGAGAUUGACAUUGAGCUGGCUCCAGGAGACCAGACCAGCACUCCCAAAACCAAGGAGCAGGCAGAGAAAGAUGCUGGGAACCAGUUGCACAUGCUGACCAACAGGCAUGAUAAGUUUCUGGAUUCUCUCAGAGAAUUAAAGACAGGAGCACUGCUAAACGCAUUUGUCCAGUUGUGUCAUAUUUCCACUCCGCUAGCAGAAAAAACCUGGGUCCAGGUUUUCCCCAGGCUCUGGAAAAUCCAGUCUGAUCGGCAGCAGCAUGCACUGUCCGGUGAGAUCAGUCCGUUCCUGUGCAGCGGCAGUCACCAGGCGCAGAGGGACUGCCAGCCCAGCGCUCUCAACUGCUUCGUGGAGGGCAUGUCCCAAUGCGUCCCGCCCAUCCCCAUCCGGCCCUGUGUGCUCAAGUACCUGGGGAAGACCCACAACCUGUGGUUCCGCUCCACACUCAUGCUGGAGCACCAGGCCUUCGAGAAGGGGCUCAGUCUGCAGAUCAAAGCCAAGCAGUCCACAGAGUUCUACGAGCAGGAGAGCAUCACCCCACCACAGCAGGAGAUUUUGGACUCCCUGGCUGAACUCUACUCACUCCUGCAAGAGGAGGACAUGUGGGCGGGGCUCUGGCAGAAGCGUUGCAAAUUCCCUGAGACUGCCACAGCCAUCGCGUACGAGCAGCACGGCUUCUUCGAACAGGCCCAAGAAAGCUAUGAGAAGGCAAUGGAGAAAGCUCGGAAAGAACAUGAAAGGAGCAACGCCUCUCCUGCCAUCUUCCCCGAGUACCAGGUGUGGGAGGAUCACUGGGUGCGGUGUUCGAAGGAGCUGAACCAAUGGGAGCCCCUGACAGAGUAUGGCCAGUCUAAAGGCCACACCAACCCGUACCUGGUCCUGGAGUGUGCGUGGAGAGUCUCCAACUGGGCGGCAAUGAAAGAGGCCUUGGUGCAGGUGGAGCUUAGCUGCCCCAAAGAGAUGGCCUGGAAAGUGAACAUGUACCGGGGCUACCUGGCUAUCUGCCACCCCGAGGAGCAGCAGCUGAACUUCAUCGAGCGGCUGGUGGAGAUGGCGAGCAGCCUGGUCAUCCGGGAGUGGAGGAGACUGCCUCACAUCGUGUCUCACGUGCACACCCCCCUGCUGCAGGCUGCCCAGCAAAUUAUUGAGCUCCAGGAAGCUGCCCAGAUCAAUGCUGGCUUGCAGCCUGCCAGCCUGGGUAGGAACACCAGCCUCCACGACAUGAAGACCGUGGUGAAGACCUGGAGGAACAGGCUGCCCAUUGUGUCAGAUGACCUGUCCCACUGGAGCAGCAUCUUCAUGUGGAGGCAGCACCACUACCAAGCCAUCGUGGCGGCCUAUGAGAACAGCUCGCAGCACGACCCGAACUCCAACAACGCCAUGCUUGGGGUGCACGCCUCAGCCUCCGCCAUCAUCCAGUAUGGGAAGAUCGGGCGCAAGCAGGGGCUGGUCAACGUGGCGCUGGACAUCCUGAGCCGCAUCCACACCAUCCCCACGGUGCCCAUCGUCGACUGCUUCCAGAAGAUCCGCCAGCAGGUCAAGUGCUACCUGCAGCUGGCCGGAGUCAUGGGAAAGAACGAGUGCAUGCAGGGCCUGGAGGUCAUCGAAUCCACAAAUCUCAAGUAUUUCACCAAGGAGAUGACAGCCGAGUUCUACGCUCUGAAGGGGAUGUUCUUGGCGCAGAUUAACAAGUCUGAAGAGGCGAACAAGGCAUUCUCUGCGGCAGUGCAGAUGCAUGACGUGCUUGUGAAGGCCUGGGCCAUGUGGGGCGAUUACCUGGAGAACAUCUUUGUGAAGGACCGGCAGCUUCACCUCGGCGUCGCUGCCAUUACCUGCUACCUGCACGCCUGCCGUCACCAGAACGAGAGCAAGUCUCGCAAGUACCUGGCCAAGGUCUUGUGGCUUCUCAGCUUCGAUGAUAAGAAUACCCUGGCUGAUGCUGUAGACAAAUACUGCAUUGGAGUGCCGCCUAUCCAGUGGCUGGCAUGGAUCCCACAGCUGCUCACCUGCCUGGUUGGAUCAGAGGGCAAGCCACUCCUGAACCUCAUCAGUCAGGUUGGACGCGUGUAUCCUCAGGCCGUCUACUUUCCCAUCCGGACCCUGUACCUGACCCUGAAGAUCGAGCAGAGGGAGCGGUACAAAAGCGACUCGGGCCAGCAGCAGCAGCCCAGCUCGGUCGGCGCCCAGUCCCACUCUGCCUCGGACCCGGGGCCCAUUCGCGCGACGGCUCCCAUGUGGCGCUGCAGCCGGAUCAUGCACAUGCAGCGGGAGCUUCACCCCACCCUGCUGUCCUCGCUGGAGGGCAUCGUGGACCAGAUGGUGUGGUUCAGAGAGAACUGGCACGAGGAGGUGCUGCGUCAGCUCCAGCAGGGCCUGGCUAAGUGCUACUCGGUGGCCUUUGAGAAGAGCGGCGCAGUGUCGGACGCCAAGAUCACACCGCACACGCUCAACUUCGUCAAGAAGCUGGUGAGCACCUUCGGCGUGGGCCUGGAGAAUGUCUCCAACGUGUCCACCAUGUUCUCCAGCGCCGCUUCGGAGUCGCUGGCACGCCGGGCACAGGCCACCGCUCAGGACCCCGUCUUCCAGAAGAUGAAGGGCCAGUUCACCACAGACUUUGACUUCAGCGUGCCGGGCUCCAUGAAGCUGCACAACCUCAUCUCCAAGCUGAAGAAGUGGAUCAAGAUCCUGGAGGCAAAGACCAAGCAGCUGCCAAAGUUCUUCCUGAUCGAGGAGAAGUGCCGCUUCCUGAGCAACUUCUCUGCCCAGACAGCCGAGGUGGAGAUCCCCGGGGAGUUUCUCAUGCCCAAGCCCACGCACUACUACAUCAAGAUUGCCAGGUUCAUGCCUAGAGUGGAGAUCGUCCAGAAGCACAACACAGCCGCUCGCAGGCUCUACAUCCGAGGCCACAAUGGGAAAAUCUACCCAUACCUGGUGAUGAACGACGCCUGCCUGACUGAGUCCCGUCGAGAGGAGCGAGUCCUGCAGCUCCUGCGACUGCUCAACCCCUGUCUGGAGAAGAGGAAGGAGACCACCAAGAGGCACCUCUUCUUCACAGUGCCCCGCGUUGUCGCAGUCUCUCCUCAGAUGCGGCUCGUCGAGGACAAUCCUUCCUCACUGUCCUUGGUUGAAAUCUACAAGCAGCGCUGCGCCAAGAAAGGCAUCGAGCACGACAACCCUAUCUCGCGCUACUACGACAGGCUGGCUACAGUCCAAGCUCGAGGCACGCAGGCCAGCCACCAGGUUCUGCGGGACAUCCUGAAGGAGGUGCAGGGGAACAUGGUACCACGCAGCAUGCUGAAGGAAUGGGCACUGCACACCUUCCCCAAUGCCACGGAUUACUGGACCUUCCGCAAGAUGUUCACCAUCCAGCUAGCGCUCAUCGGACUAGCUGAGUUUGUGCUGCACUUGAACCGGCUCAACCCGGAGAUGCUGCAAAUUGCCCAGGACACUGGCAAGCUCAAUGUUGCGUAUUUCCGAUUUGACAUCAAUGACGCCACUGGGGACUUGGAUGCCAACCGGCCUGUUCCAUUCCGGUUGACUCCCAACAUCUCUGAAUUCCUGACAACCAUCGGGGUCUCCGGCCCUCUCACAGCCUCCAUGAUUGCCGUCGCUCGCUGCUUCGCUCAGCCCAACUUCAAGGUUGAUGGCAUUCUGAAGGCCGUGCUGCGUGAUGAAAUAAUUGCCUGGCACAAGAAGACGCAGGAGGACACCUCCACGCCGCUCUCAGCUGCCGGGCAGCCCGAUAACAUGGACAGUCAGCAGCUCGUGUCCCUGGUCCAGAAAGCGGUCACCGCCAUCAUGACCCGGCUCCACAACCUGGCCCAGUUCGAGGGGGGCGAGAGCAAAGUAAACACACUGGUGGCAGCAGCCAACAGCCUGGACAACCUUUGUCGAAUGGACCCCGCAUGGCACCCGUGGUUGUAAACCACGUCAGGACUGGAAUCGGACAGGCUUAAGAGUUCAAGCUGUGUCAGCCUGCUAACACUCGCCCUAGCUUUAUGAAAUGUUUGGGUGCCAGUGUUGGAGCAGAAAUUGAACCACCAUGGAAGAAUUCACCAUUUUUUAUGGCAGUGGUAUAAGGAUCAUUGCUGUUGGAAUUCUGUAUGUGACUCACUUUUCUUUUCCCUGUAAUUAGAAAGGACGUACAGAGAAGAACAAUGUUAUCACAACACAACCUUUUAUAUAGCAUGCGUGCUUCACAGCCAAUGGAUCGGGUCAUGUUUUUAAGACUUUGUGCUCCUAAUAGAAACCCAAAUCCCAGGUUGACAAUAGACAUACAGAAUGAUGUCGUCUUUUUAUUUUAUUGUUUCCACUGUGAAACAGUUGGGCUUUACAUUUGUACUUGUUGGCCAGUGGUCCUCAGCAACUUCUUUAGUACUAAGGAAAGUACAUGCAUAUGCAAUUUAAGUGGUUUAUCGUCUGUAAAACAAACAAACAAAAAUAAUACAGUGAAUCUGUAUUUAUAGCAACUUGUUUAUAUCAUUGCCCCCUGUAGGUCUGCCAUGUGACUGCUUAGUAGCGCUCUCUGCUGGGAGAGGCGAGAAUGGAACAGUCUUCUGCCUGUUUCUAGAUUAAUGCUGUGUUUGCACUUAUUCAUGGUAUCAGUAUUUAAAAUACAUGCAUUAAAUAUGGUGCAAAGCCAGUGUUGUGCAGACUUUUCUUUAGUAGUGUUUUCUGCUUUUUAUCUUUCACGCUGUGGUGAUUUUAUAUAUCUUUUGCUGGUUUAUUAAGGCUGAUGCACCUUGCUGGAUCAUCAUCGGUGCAGUGUGUUGCAUGGAAUAAAAUCCUCUGAUCAACAGAACACUUAACAUUACAAAGAGGGACCAAACACUCACAGCACUCUGUUGCAGGGUGAGCUGUUGCUUUCAACACAUUGCAUUUAGCCCUAACAACCCAGUACUGGGUCCUGGGAAUGGGUAGCAACAAGAAAAUCACAACAGAGCGAAUGCACAUCAAAAUGCAGCAAAGAACAUUUCUAUUAAUCGCUAUAUCCGAGGUGGAUGCUGGCCUUUAAAUUUGUUUCCCUAAUCUUCUAUUACUGAAAACCGUGUUUUCCAAGAUAGUCUUGGAUAUGAAUCUGAACAUUUUCAUGUAACUACGAAAAAUGAAACAAAAAAGAAAAAACAUAUUGUACUUUUAUCCAGUGGUUAGAGAACUGAUGUGUAAAUAUACUUUCUUACCUUGUGUUUUAAUAUUGAGGGAUAGACAAUUGUUGUCAGUGCAUUCCAUCCUCAUUCUCUUGCUCAUCUUGAGAGACCAUUAUCUUGGAGCCAUGUGUACAUUUUAAUGAAGAUCAUUUGCAUAAGAUUGAAAACCGUCAAGCCACAAGGUGUAUUAGCAUUGGAGUGUGGAUGGAGUGUUCAUUUAGAGGGAAGACACAGUGUACACAUAAAGCACACUAUAAUAUUUUUGUACCUAGAAGCAUUAUGAUAAGUACUUACUAAAUGAAGUUUGGUUUACAAGGGAUGUUUUUAAUAAUCCCAGCAUAUACAUGUGUGUAUGUGGGAGUUUAAUACUUGUAUUAAAACGCGACAAAGAUUCCUGACUGAUGCUGUAUCCUGUAUCUCUAUUCAAAUGCUGUGACCUUUUCCUUUCUCUUUUUUUUUUUUUGUAACUUAUUUUAUCAAUUUUGCAAGGUACUUGCUUGUGUGCCAGCAAUUUGCUUCCAAACUUUACCACUAUGUUGUACAGUUGUAUUUUUAGAAUUAAAAUGCUGUUUUGUUACA